AUGAUCCCUAACAAGAUUAUUCUCCUCUCUACCUUGGCUGCCAGCGCAUUGGCUGCACCAAGCCGAGUGAUCAAGCGACAGAGCAACGAGGACAACCUCUGGCAAGUUCCUGCCGAACGUGAUCCAAAGCAACCUGGGCAGAUUAAGUGGACGCAAAUCAACUCCGUCAUUACUCCAAUCGACAAGGCGGCAGAUGACAAUCGCAAAUUCUCCUACUAUCCAUUCCUUUACAACAUGGGUGGUACCCUUUUCUUGCUCUUCUCUGGCGCCCCAGAGGAUGUCGAUGGCAUGGGCCAAGAUGUGCGAAUCUCUUACUCCACAGAUGGCAAAUGGAGCAAACCAGAGAUUGCCUUUCCCGCGGCUCUUCUGCCAAACCAGACAACCAUCCAGACCUCGGAGUACUACUGCAAGCGUGGCAUUCCCCAAAGAGCUUUGCAGGCCUUGUCCAUUGUCUACAUCGGCGGAGACGAGUCUGAUGCGACAUACUAUGCCGUUGCACAGUCCAGCGACAACGUCUGUCCUGGACACACUGAAUCAGCCGGUCGCAUCGCCCGUAAGCUGAGCCGCGAUCCUUUGUCUGGUACCACGUUCUCGGGCGACCCAUGCUGGAUCGAGACGAAUGAGUAUACCGGCAGUCAUGAAUGGGCCGAGACGGUCUACGGCACAAAGUACCAUAUGAAGGUGUGCGACGACAAGGAGAAGAUCCUCGCUGCAUUGAAGAACCCACAAGCCGUGCCAGCUCAAGCAACAUCUCUCUUCAACGCACCCCUUAUCGCUGCUGAUGGUAAACACAACGUCAGCUAUCCCACCAAUGCAGUCUACCUUGCCGGCUCGGGUACAGGACGUUAUAUGCGAUUCUGGUCCGAUGUCUCGGUGAGGAAUAGGACUGGCAAUGCCUUUGUUGAAUUCACCAGCGAUAUCACCGGCAACAAUUGGUUCCCCGCAACCGAAGACGGCUCCAAGAUUGAACAGACCAACAUCUACAGCUCAUACAAGGCCUGGUUUGGUAGCAGUGAAAGCGCUACCCAGACCCGCGUGUACAUCUCAAACAGCGGCAUGAACAGCGAUUCGUCCCAGGAAAUUCUGACCGUCGCCACUUCUCGCGGUGACGACCUCGCAUUCCGCAACAUUGGCAUCCUUCGCAGCGACUCCAAGGAAAAGGUUCCUGUUGGCACUCGCCCUAUUUAUGGCUCCGACGUGCCCGGAUUCUACUGGCCCUCGGCUGUGUUCCAAGGUGACCAAAUGGUUGUCGCAUACAGCGAGAACAUGGCCAACAUCGAGGUCUCUACUAUCAAACUUGUUGAUCUCCCAUGA